AUGAAUGCACUAUAUAACCAUGCACUAAAACAGAAGGCAUUGUUACACAGAGAUUUGGCGAGAUUUGAUGCAGAAAGGUCUACAGCACCCAUAUCACUUCAAGGAUCGAUAUCAGCAAGCUUGAUAUCGCUGGAGAAGACACUUAGCCAAUACAGGGAUCAAUUUACGAAAUAUCAAGCAAGUAAGGUGGAGGACGACGAAGAGACUGAAAUUAAGUAUCAAAACCGGCUGAAUUCGCUGCAGUCAGAUUACGAGGAUGCAAAGCGACGCUUCGAAGAACUGAGAACGCAGUUCAAUGAGACUAACGCACGAGAGCAGCUCCUGAAAUCAAGUAGUAAUCCAUUUGAUGAAGGUUCCUUUGUCAAUAGGAGGAAUAUCGGGACAUCAGCCAAUCCUGGUGCUGAUGCACCUCAAAUUCAAAUUCAACGCGACCUUUAUAGUGGGCUACAGCGGGAGCAAUCGAUCUUUGAGAGGGGCAAUGCUCAGCUGGACUACAUCCUAGAGAUGGGUCAGCAGUCUUUGGAAGACAUCAUUGAACAAAACACGAUUUUGCAAAAAGCGCAGCAGCAGAUGACCAAAACGUUACAUACGCUGGGCGUAUCGGAUCAGACUAUAAAUUCAAUCAACAGGAGAGUCUUUAAGGACAAGAUUAUCUUUUGGAUUUCCCUCAUUCUACUGCUUUUGGGGUUUUACUUUGUAACGAAAUUAUUUCGUUAG